UCCGACUCGAACAGUCAGUAGUAUUUCAACGGCAGCAAAGGUUGUCUGUUGUGUUUAGGCAAAUCGUUGUGCCUUUCCCUCUUUCUUUGUCUUUUUUCCUUUGUUACUCGCUUAUAAUUACGUUCGUAACAUUUGUAGGAAUUUUAUCGUCGCGAUGUGCGCACACGUUAUAUGUUCGUCUGUGAAACACUGUGUGACUACUUUUUAUAGUUAAUUCACUUGCUAUGAUACCCACCAGAAGAAGAGCGUGAUACAGUGCACGUGACAAAACUUAAAAAUUAGCUGAUGUGAAUUGAACACACCUUGAAACACAGAAAAUUGAAAGAGAAAAACAGUGAGAAAAAGAAAACAUAGUAAUAUGCAGCGGAUAUGGUUUAUAGAGAACAAAGAGGGGGUGCAAUACAAGCAGCAAGAGGUACCACGUGAGACUAACUUCAUCGAGGUGGCGACUGAACAUACAUCAGACAUGAGGGAAUCUAAAAGGGACUGGAUUUUUAGAGUCCAGGUACAUAAAUUAGAAAAGAGUGAAGUCUUAUAUGUAGUGGGUAAUUUGCCUGAACUGGGUGCUUGGAAUCACAACCAGGCAAUUCAGUUGUCACAAGAACAUGGCAGUCGGGAUUCUCCAACAAUUUUUGAUAACAACAGUAGUGGAGAAUUUUAUAAUGAUGAUAUACAUGACAAUGCUGGAGAUAAUUCAUUUGGUGAUGUAGAUGAUGAAGGUGGACAAAUAUUUUCGCAAAAGGUUGCACUUCCCAUCGAUGCUGAUGUAGAGUUCCGAUAUUUUGUUGCUGUUAUCUGUCAAUCUAAUGGUACUAAAAAUUCGGCCAAAACUCUUAUCAUUCGUAGAUGGGAAACUCAUAUGACACCACGCUUUAUCAAAAAGAACAGAUUUGUUACAGCAUCAAGCAAUUUUACUAGUGAAACAUUGCCAGAUCCGGAUAAGUUCGGUUAUUACAACGGUUACUGUAAAAUUGAACGGGGCUGGUUGACCGAUGAAACUGUGAUACAAUUUAAGCUUUUUAAUAACCCAAUUAAAUUAUGGAAGAAUAGACUACAAAAUAGGAAAGUAUACAUUAAGAUGACACCUGUAAAUCUAGUUAGGCACAAUUCCUUAGAAUUGCAACAAUUUGGUGGCGAUUGUGUAGAUGAUAGUCUUUCUAUGGAUACACAAGAUGUUGUUGAUCAACCUGCCUUUAGUAUUACAGAAAUUGCAGCAAUGAAUGAUGAAGAAGCUCGUUUCAAGAUACAGGAGCAAUUUGGUCGAGCUUAUAAUGAAGACGAAUUUGUUAUCUUCAAUGUCGCGGUUCGAUAUCCUGAAACUAUCGCAUACUUAGUGGACUACUACGUGUACAGCUCAAGAUGUUUUCCAGGAGAACCACCAAGUCAUAUCGGUUUCAGCUACAUCUUGCCUAGCACAUUACAGUCCAGUGUUGGGCUUCUAACAGUACCAAUUACAAGCACAAAACAUAGACCAAUUGGGCAACUUACAGUGGAAUAUGUUGUGAUAAAAUCCAUUCCGGAUUAUCCAUGGGAUAUGAAUAUUUCAUAUGCAAAACAUUGGGAACAACGGUGGUCUGGCUUGGAUGUAGGACACAGAGGAUUGGGUACAUCCUUUCAAACAAAGAACUGUGCUAAUGUACGUGAAAAUACAAUAGCUUCUUUAAAGACUGCAUCAUACCAUGGAGCUGAUAUGGUUGAAUUUGACGUCCAAUUGUCUAAAGACCAUAUACCAGUUAUUUACCACGAUUUCUAUGUAUCUAUUUCGUUAAAACGCAAGAAACAAAUAGAAGCUAUGGAUAUGUUGGAAAUACCUGUUAAGGACCUUACAUUGGAGCAGUUACAUCUUUUGAAGGAUUUUUAUUACCCGUGGUGGGACUCGUUGGGUAAGGUGCUGUAUUUCGUUGAUAAAGCUGAGCAGGGGGUUAACCAACUGGUUUAUCAUGUGGCUGAAGGUCGAGAAAAGAAUCCAAAAUUUUUUGAUGAGGAUUUAGAAGAUCAUCAGCCUUUUCCGACGCUUCAGACCGUAUUACAAGAAUUAGAACAACAUGUCGGGUGUAAUAUUGAAAUUAAAUGGACUAUGCAAUUGAAGGAUGGCACGUUCGAGCUUAACCAUCCUUUCGAUCUCAAUCUAUAUUUGGAUAUUAUAUUGAAAGUCGUACUAGAAUAUGGAGGAGAUAGGAAAAUCGUUUUCUCAUCAUUUAAUCCAGAUAUCUGUGCCAUGAUCCGUCUUAAACAAAAUAAGUAUCCAGUAGUAUUUUUGACACAAGGCAUUACCUCAAAAUAUCCUACUUAUCAUGAUCCAAGAUGUCAAACUGUACCAAUGGCUGUUAGACAUGCAUUAGCAGCUGAUAUCUUAGGAAUUAAUGUCCAUACCGAAGAUAUUCUUAGGGAUCCGUCACAAGUUAAAUUUGUAAAGGAUGCUGGUUUAAUCAUUUUUUGCUGGGGAGAUGACAAUAAUGAUAAAGAUACAAUUCGACAUUUAAAGAAACUUGGUUUGCAUGCAGUAAUUUAUGACAAAAUUGAUGAAUACAACGUAAAGGAAGUCAAAGAAAGCAUAUUUUUGGUUGAUGCAAGAGAAAAUCAAAAGGCACUAAUUGCUUUGGCACAGUGUAAUCAAAGUUGUGCACCGCAACCUCAAAUUACUAAUUCUUUGAAUACAGAGAAGGAAUACUACAUGGAGAUCGACAAAUCGCGAAAUAUGAUUACAACCACGUCAACUACAUCCUCAAUUACAUCUUUUGGUAAGAACAAUCUUGGUGAUAAUAUAUAUCCCAUGUCAACCAUUAAAUUACCAAGUACAUGUGACCAUCAGGAGAGCAAUGAGAUCAGUGAAAUGACAAAAGAUUUCAGCGUUUGUGCAAAAUCUUUCGGCCACUCAGUAAAAGCUAAAAGUAUCUCAGAUUUAGUAUGUGGCCAAACGACAGCAUUACCAGAAAUUUGCGGAGAGGAUGAGUCUGCGAAAGACUGUCUUUGAUGUUUCUCCUUUAAGAAGCCAUUCAUGUCGUGGUUUGGCACAGAAGACGCUACCUAGAAAAAGAUUUACCACAAAAGAAAGGACGAAGCCGAAGAAAAUUUUUUGUAACUUAUAAUUUACUAUAAUAUUUACACUAAAGGGGUUAAACAGUUCUGGUUUUCCCAACAGUCCUAGAUCCGCAAAAUUGGAUCACCUUAACGGCCAUUACACAGAAUAUAUUCAUAUAAUGCACAAGAAAGACGACCGAUUGUAUUUUUCACGUCAUUUUAUCAUUCCUACAAUCGUUCGACUUAAUUGUCCAUUUCAUAUUAUGUCUUACUUACUUUAUACAAUGGCCUUUUUUAAAAUGCAGUCCAAUGGCUGUAGAAAAAGAUGUCAACUUUUGUUAUUCUGUCUGUGGCAGAUGAAUACAGGAGUUGCAAGUUUUUAGUACAAAUAUCCUCAAUAUUUCAUUUAGUUCAUAGAAAGAAGUCACCCCUCUUAUAUAUAUUCCUUCCUUAAUUAAACAUUAAUUUAAAGAAAUGCAAAUUGAUGAAAACACUGACAAAUGCAUGCUGUCACGAAUGUAUACUUUUUUGUAAUAAGUUAUCAAAAACAUUUUUUAGAAGAACGAUGCGAUUUGUCUUUAACAGCUUUGAAUGUAGACAAAAGCUGCCAAUAACUAAUUUUCAUAAAUAUACAUAUUUCAGAUUCACUUAUUUAUGUUUCAAAGUAUUUUACAAUAUGAAUUAAGAGAAAAAACAAAGCAAAAAUUUCUUUAUUAAAUUAAAAAAAAAAAGAAAUAAUUGUAUGCGAAUAUAAAAUCAGUAUAAUUGUAGAAAAGGAAAGAAAAAACCACUUUUUUCCAUAUUAAAUAAUAAUAUGGUUAUUGUUACAAAUAAUUAUUUGAUUUCCUUUAACAAAUAAGUACAAUUGUAAAAUUUAAUAAGAUCAUUCAUUCGCUUUAUAGAUAACAUUUCUUUUGUCCAGAUUUUUAUGCCUGAUCAAUCUUAAUCUUACUCGAUAACCUCAUCAGUGACAGAAUGAGUAGCACGCGAAUAUCUUUUCAAAGUUUUUGAACAGAGAAGAUAAUUUAUACCGUUAUACCGCAUUGGUAGUAUGCUAUACAACUAAAGAGAGUGAUUGUAUCAAUCGUUAUGAUUCUAACAAUAUACAGAAUAUCUGUUGAUGGUUUAGAGAAGUAUACCACAAAUAUGUUAUGGGAUCACGUAUGUAAAUGCACGUGUACAGUGCGUCAAGGGGGGUGGUUACUGAUCUUUUCUAUUGUCAUAGAGGCUAUGCAUUAUAAUAAACCAGUUAAUAAACAUACAUAAAUCGGAAUUCGACAAGUUUAUAAUUAAAAUACAUUUGUAGAAUUUUGCAAAUUCUGACACACGUAGGUAUUAAUGCAUUACAAUCUUCAAGUGUAUAAUACUGAUAAACAUCAUAUAUAUUUCAGAUUUCUAA